GGAGAGUCAAAAGUCAAAAUACCAAAGAAGGGAACUCACUUUGUCACCGGAAUCUUCCGGCUCUAGCCUCAACAAUUUCAUUUGUCUUUGUAUCUCUUCGUCUGCGCUUCCCUCUGCUCGUUGCCUUCAGCUCUCUCUCUAUCCAUUUCUCUCAAGUGAGUUAAUCUCUUAUAUCGUUGAAACCCUAGUUUCUCCGUUGCUCAGGAUGUCAGAAGAAGCACCUUUCUAUCCCAGAGAAAAGCUUGUUGAGAAGCAAAAGUUUUUCCAAAGUGUUCACAAGCACACAUACCUGAAAGGUCGAUAUGACAAGAUCACCUCAGUGGCCAUUCCAGCUGCUUUGGCAGCUACUGCUUUGUUUAUGAUUGGGAGAGGAAUCUACAAUAUGUCUCAUGGCAUAGGUAAGAAGGAUUAAAUGGUGGUGUCUGCUCGACCAUCGUUCCUAUGGCAGCUGAAGUUUGAAAGGGGAUAUUUUAGACCUGUUUGUUCAUUUUGUGGACUUACUUAUUAGUAGCUAAUACUGGUUAGACGCAGACAAUAGAGCGUGCCGAUAUAUGGCAUUUGCCAUCAGUAUUCGGCAGCUAAAACAUUUGCUCAUGUGUUUGGGUUUAUGGAUAUUUGUAUUAGACGGUGUCGGUGUGGAAAUCACCAUGGCAACUAAUGCGUCUUCCUUUAUCGUAUUAACUAUUAAGUAUGUCAAAAUAAGAAAUCCCAAGCCUUCUUUGACCCCUGUAUAA